UGUAAACAAUGAUAAGAAAUUGUUGGGGAUCACACAAGAGUCUUACGGAUUUGGUAAAGUUCAUAAAUCUUCUUGUUUGCUUUUCUUGUUUACGCUACUGAAUUCCAAUCUUUAUUUGAUUGUCAUUCUGCACACACACAGAAAUCUCACUCUUUGCUGUCUCCUUUAUGUGGUUAAUGUGGAUUAUGUGUAAUUUCGUAAUAAAUAACAAUAAAUGAUAAGAGAACAUACCGAUCGUUACUAUUCAAAUGACUCAUAGAAAAUCCCAUAGUCAUGAUCUCUGCCACGCGAGGAAUUCCUGGCGCUGCUGUCACAAUGUCAGUGCGAGGAAAAACUUUCAGCAGUGCAGCUGAGUAAUUCGAGAAAUUUGCACAAACCCGAGAAUAUCCUCGGAAAAUUGUUCAAAAUUAGUGCACAAAGUGUAGUUUAGGGAAAAUGCAAACGUAAUUUGAUUGUGUUCAUUGGACUAUGCGCGGGAUAUUAGUCUUUUGAUGCGUGCAUAAAAGUGGUUGUUUUAUAUUUGUGUUCUCUGUCAGAGGAAUUUCUUUGACGCGGAAAAAAGUGCCCACUCGAGUGAUAAAAUUCACUCUCUCUAAUCAUAAGGAAAAACCUGAGCGGUAUACAGUGUGCGAGAAAGUGCGUGGAGGCCCAAAGAUGCCAUUCAAGCUGAAGCUGAAGAAGCGCUCUCGCCAGUACAACGUCACAUCAAAGAAUCUAUUUGUUAUUUCUGUGGAACACUUGUUAGACUCCUCGAGCUUGGUGGACUGCACGUUGGACUCGGAGAGCACGGGAAAGGAGUGCUUGGCGAAUGUGUGCCAACGAUUAUCGAUAAAUCAGCCCGAAUUCUUCGGGCUGAGGUACAUCAUGAAGGAAAAUACAACGGAAUCGCGGUGGAUAGACAUGGAGCGACCGCUGAAUCGUCAACUGGAGAAGUAUGCGGCGUCACAGAGACUUUCUCUGCGAGUCAUGUACUACGUGGAGUGCGGAGUGUCGAUGAUCCGGGACGAGGUGACGCGAUACUACUACUUUCUGCAAGUGAAGAGUGACGUGGUGGAGGGACGGAUCCUGUGUGAUCCUCAACAAGCGGUUAUUCUGGCCAUCUACGCGCGUCAGGCUGAAUCGGACAUCCACCAGAAGGAUAAGCACACCAUUGACUAUCUGAAGACCAUGUUGCCAUUCCCGAAGCGCCUGAUUGAGGAGGGAUUAUCUGAGAAGCUCACCGAAGAGGUGCUGCAGCAGAACUCAGAACUCAACAAUCUCACACAGUCGGGCGCUGAGGAGCUCUACAUCCUCACGUGCCAGCAGCUGGAGGGAUAUGGACAGGAGAGGUUUCCCGCCAAGGACGAUGCCGGGAGUGAGGUGUUCCUCGUGUUAUCUGUCUGGGGAAUAACGGUGUGUGCUGCCAAUCAAACAAAGGUUUAUCGGUGGCGAGACAUCACGAAUGUGGUGAAUCUCAAGAGAAAUUUCAACAUUGAGUGCACAGUGCCGGAGAACAGUGUAGGCUUCACGAUGCCAGACGGUGAAAUGGGACGAUAUUUUUGGCGCCUUUGCGUCCUUCAGCAUCUCUUCUAUGCGUCUAAUGAGAAGAAUAUGGUGUCGAGUGGGCAAAGUGUCCCAACCGCGAGCAGUGUGAGUCUCUUUCAGUCGUCCAGGGCGGAGAGUGUGAUGGACAGUAGGGAGAAUUUGCUAAUUGAGCAGGCGACCAAUAACUGGCGUGCCUCGGAUCAGCAACUGAGUGGCGGCAGCAAGUGGCAGUCGUCGGAUUUUGUUGUGAACAAUGUGCCACUGACAACGUCUCAGCAGACAAUUGACUCCAGCUGGGCCACAUCCACGCAGAUGCCAUCGACACAGAACAGCAACUGGGGCUUGGCACCAUUCGCCGGCUCUAAUGCCUCACUCAGCAAUCGCGCGCACAGCUCAUCGUGCCUCGAUCUCACUAACAACAACACCAACGGACUCAGCGGGGCUCCGCCGGAGCGGCAGGAUGACAAACUGGCGGCCUAUAGGCAACUCCUGCCCACAUAUCGCCAAGCGCCGGACUACGAGACAGCUAUUCAACAGAAGUAUCGUCCCAGUUCCAGUGAGGUGCGUCUCAACAGCAGUGUUAUUCAAGUGCCUUCGGGACUUCUAGCUGACGGGCAUGUGAGUGGUGCUGGACCACUGUACAGUGGCAGUCAGCCUGAUGUUCAUCGAGCCGCCCUUACAGCGGACAUGAUCUUUGGUGCUCAACUGCAGCAACACUAUCCUGAUGUAACACAAACCACAAAUCCGAUGUAUGGCGGAGGAGCACACAUGGUGGACUCGAGUGGCGUCUAUGGGAUGGACAGCAUGACUCAGCGAUUCCGCAUGAUGAAGUUGAACAAGCCACCACCGCCAUAUCCGGCCAAUAGACUGAGCUCCACCUCCACACCCGAUCUCGCUGUGGCAUCGCAUCGCGCCCUAAUGGGCUAUCGAGGGGCUUAUGUAUCAGGAUCAAGUCCUGAUCUUGUGUCAUCGAGGACAUUCCUAAGCAAUCCUUAUAACCAGGCCACGUACCUAAAGUCCAAUGCGGCUGUAAUCAAUCCUGGAUACUAUCACAUGACUGGUGGGGGAACAGUUCGAUUGAGACACUCACAAAGUUACUUACCACACGGCACUUAUGAGAAUCUGAAUUAUCUGGAGGCCAAUGGGGCGGCCAAACCUCCGCCUCCGCCUACAAUUCAGUCCAACAAUAUCUUCUACUGUCUGCAGCAACACGAAAUGGAGCAGUUGCUGAAGCAGCAGAACGGCACGAAGCAGAUCCUGCACAAUCCACCGACACUGGCGCAUCAGAUGAACGGCGGUGGAUCCGUGGAGCCAAUCUAUGAGAAUGUGCCGCUGCCGUGGCACAAAGAAGUGACUCCACAGCGCGAGAGAGCGUCCAGUGUGACAUCUGGUGUGAAGCCAGUGGACAAUCCGCCCCCAAUUGACGCAAUACUCAAUAAUGUGGUUGAAUCUCACAAGAUGCUCAGCAAAACAACGUCAAACCCCAUCUCGAGUGCCUCGGUUUACACCAGCAAUCCUCAUCAGGAUCACGUGCAGGAGAGCAACAAGAGGGAGAGUGUUGAAUCAUCUCCCAAGGCGUCACUCAAUCGAUCACACUCUACAAAUCUUCUGGAUUCGUCACAAAGUUCAAACUACACGGUGGCCACGACGGAUUCGGGCAUCAGUGCUGGGAGUAAGGAGAAGCGCAAGAAGCGAUGGGGCAUUCUCAGUCGCAGCAAGAACUCCCUGGACAAACAGAAGAGCGCCACACUGGGCAGAGAGAAGAGCAAGAGCAAGAACACUCUGUCGAAAGAUGAGGAGGACAACAUAAAGCAUCGUUGGUCUACGGGAUUGCCACGUCUUCAGCCGCUGUCGGCGAACAUCAGCAAAGAGAAGUUGUGCCAAAUUCUUGAGGAUAAACUGAAUGACGAGGAGUUGUUCAUUGAGUUUGAGCGUAUCCCAAAGCGGAAGGACAAUGCCAAGUAUGAUUGUGCGCUGCAUGAUGAGAACAAGAUGAAGAAUUUGGAUCCCAAUUUUUUGCCUCAUGACGACAAUAGGGUUCGUCUGGUGCCAUCAAUGAACAAUCGAAUGGGUUACGUGAACGCGUCUCACGUUACGGCCACCGUGGGCUCGAAACAGCGCUUCUACAUUGUGGCGCAGAGCCCCUUCGACAACACCACGGCGAACAUCUUUUGGAAGUGCGUGUGGGAGGCCGAUGUCUAUCUGCUGGUUCAGCUUUCAGCAGAAAUUCAAUACGUGCCGUCGUGUUCGGAAAAAUGCCUCGAAUAUGGACAGUACCAAGUGUGGCGAGAAUUCUCACAAGAGACUGAUCGGUGUAUCACCAGCAAAUUGAGAAUAUAUCACACGCAGAACAAGAGAUAUCGCUCCGUGUGGCACAUUUACUACUCAGAUUGGAAUGAACUCAAUACGCCCAAGUCGGUGGGACACUUUUUAGAUUUCCUGGAAGAACUGAACUCAGUUCGGAUGGCAUCCGUAAAUGAGAUUCCUCCUGGUCACAAUACAAAUCCACCAGUGCUGAUUCACUGUUCAGAAGGCGGAGGACGUUCAGGUGUGACUUUAGCCGCAGAUUUGCUCCUCUUCACUCUUGAUCACAAUCAAGACCUCGAUAUUCCUCGCGUUGUUGGACAGAUGCGACAUCAGAGGGACAACAUUGUGCCUUCACUCACACAAUAUAAAUUCAUCUACGCCGUCCUCAUUCACUACCUGAAGCGGACACGACUCAUAUGAUCUUCCAAAGGAGCCUCCGUGGCAUCUACCGAAUUUAGCACGUGGCUUGGAGAUUUAUUGGUAUUUGUGAUAUCCGUGGAUAGACUCCGGGCAGCUGUUUUCCGUGUGCCUUAAAAA